AACGGGAAGUUUGUCUUUUUUUUCAAACUUUUUAACUUCAGACGUAAAACGAAAAUAGACUGGCUUGUUCGGUAAAAUAACGUUUACUCAUUGCCAAGUAACGAUGGCGGCUUCGAGUCUACUGGAUAGAUACUCCACCGAACUCCAUGACGAGCAAGUAUAUAAAUUGGACAAGUACCUGCACCAGCUUCAUCUGUCUGAUACAACUGUGAUGGAUAUAUCUAUGAGAUUUCGCCGAGAAAUGGACAAAGGCCUUUGCAGAGACACCAACCCCACAGCUGCUGUCAAGAUGCUGCCAACGUAUGUGCUCUCUACACCUGAUGGAUCAGAACAAGGAGAUUUCCUGGCCCUUGACCUUGGUGGAUCCACGUUCCGGGUGCUUCUGGUUACAGUUAUGGCGAAUGGCGAGCAAAAGGUGGACAUGGAAAAUCAAAUCUAUGCUAUUCCUGAGUACCUCAUGAGAGGCAGCGGAUCUGAGUUAUUUGAUCACAUUGCUGAAUGUUUGGCUAAUUUCAUGGAGAAGUUAGGAAUCAAGGAUAAAAGGCUUCCUUUGGGCUUUACCUUCUCUUUUCCCUGCCAGCAGAGCAAGCUGGAUGAGAGUGUAUUGAUUUCUUGGACAAAAGCAUUCAAGGCAAGUGGAGUAGAAGGAAACAAUGUUGUCAGCCUCCUGCAGAGAUCCAUCAAAAAACGAGGGGACAUCAAUGUUGACAUUAUGGCAGUCAUCAAUGACACAGUCGGAGCUAUGAUGACCUGUGGCUAUGAUGAUCAUCGUUGUGAAAUUGGCCUCAUUGUGGGAACAGGGACAAACGCCUGUUACAUGGAGCAGAUGAGGAACAUUGACGUACUGGAUGGGGAUGAGGGGCAGAUGUGUAUCAAUACAGAGUGGGGUGCUUUUGGAGAUGACGGCGCCUUGGAAGACCUGCGCACAGAUUUUGACCGGGAAAUCGAUGCUGGCUCUCUCAACCCUGGCAAACAGCUUUUUGAGAAGAUGAUCAGUGGAAUGUACAUGGGAGAACUGGUCCGUCUCAUUCUCGUGAAAAUGGCCAAAGACCGGCUACUGUUCAACGGCAAGACUACAUCUCAGCUCAAUACUACUGGAAAGUUCACCACCAAGUGCAUCUAUUCCAUAGAGAGUGACAACAUAGAGGAAGGUCUAAAGAGUGCUCAAAGUGUGCUUCAGGCACUUGGCCUGGACCCAACUUUGGAGGAUUGCAUCGCCACUCUGCGAGUAUGUCAGAUUGUUUCAAUACGGGCUGCACAUUUGUGUGCUGCCACUCUUGUGGCAGUACUCCGGCAGAUCAGAGACAAUAAAGCAGCUGAGAAGCUGCGCACCACGAUCGGAGUGGAUGGCUCUGUCUACAAAAAUCAUCCUGAGUUUCCAAGGAGGCUCCACAAGAUGGUAGGACGGCUUGUGCCUGACUGUGACGUGCGUUUUUUGAGGUCUGAGGUUGGCAGUGGGAAAGGUGCUGCUAUGGUCACGGCCGUAGCCUUACGCCUCGCGGCUCAGAAUGCUGACCGUCAACGCAUCCUUAACACUCUGCGUUUGAAUCGGGAGCAGCUGCUGAGAGUGAAAACACUCGUAAGUGAAGGUAUGGUGCGAGGCCUGUCAAAGCCAGAACAUGACCAGGCCAGCAUCAGGAUGCUUCCAACAUUUGUCGGGUCCAUUCCAGAUGGAACAGAACAUGGGGAUUUCUUGGUUUUGGACCUUGGAGGCUCAAGUUUUAGAGUGUUGCUUGUGCAUGUGCGAAGCGGCAAAAGACACAACGUUGACACGCACCAGAAAAUCUACAAUAUCCCACAGGAGACAAUGCAAGGCACAGGAGAAGAGCUUUUCACCCACAUUGUGGACUGCAUGGCCAACUUUCUGGAAAAUAUGGGCAUGAGUGGAGCGUCCUUACCUUUGGGAUUUACAUUCUCUUUCCCCUGCCACCAAAGCAAAUUGGAUCAGGGUAUUCUUCUAAAGUGGACGAAAGGCUUCAAAGCUAGUGGAUGUGAGGGACAAGAUGUCGUUAAAUUACUCAAGGAUGCUGUGCGGCGCCAAGGGGUAUUCAACUUAACUUUUGUGGCUGUAGUUAAUGACACAGUAGGAACCAUGAUGACCUGUGGUUAUGAGGACCCCAAGUGUGAGGUGGGACUCAUUGUUGGCACAGGGACCAAUGUCUGCUACAUGGAAGAGAUGCAGAACAUAGAAGUGGUUGAUGGUGAUGAUGGCCAGAUGUGUGUCAAUAUGGAAUGGGGGGCAUUUGGUGAAAAUGGCGAACUGGACGACUUCAUCACGGAGUUUGAUCGUGUCGUUGAUGCGUCCUCGAACCAUCCUGGAAAACAGAGGUAUGAGAAGAUGAUUAGUGGAAUGUACCUUGGUGAGGUCGUGAGACACGUGCUAAUGGAAUUCACUGCCAAGGGCUUGCUGUUCAGAGGCAAACUGUCUGAGCAACUCAAGACCCGGGGCAUUUUUGCGACAAGAUUUUUGUCACAAAUUGAAAGUGACCGUCUGGCAAUGAGGCAGGUCCGUUGCAUCCUGCAGCACCUUGGUCUUGUCACGUCCACGUAUGAUGACAGCGUCCUCGUUAAGGAGGUUUGUAGCGUGGUGUCCCGGCGCGCUGCACAGCUCUGCGGCGCUGGUUUGGCCGCGGUUGUUGAUAAGAUAAGAGAGAACCGCAACAUGCAGCAGCUUACCAUUACAGUUGGAGUGGACGGCACCCUUUAUAAGAUGCACCCUCAUUUCUCCAGGAUCAUGCAAGAGACGUUGCAAGAUUUGGCACCACAGUGCAACGUAACUUUCCACAAGUCAGAGGAUGGGAGUGGCAAAGGAGCAGCACUGAUCACAGCAGUGGCCUGCAAAAGUAACAGCAGCGGGCAGAACUACAGCGGUUAAAAAGCUCAGCAUUGAUGUGCAGUGAGAUUCACGUCAGGUCUGAGGGGGACUUGCACUACUGAAAGAAUGAAGAUACAGUUCAAAUAAAAGACUGGUCAUGUCAUCAUGAAAUGCAGCAGAUCUCCAUCAAAGAAAAUGUAUGAACGUGACCUGAAAUCCAAAUGUUUUAUGUUGAAGGUAGGAAAAAAAUGGUUUCAACCUGCAGUUCCACCACAAUUUAACCAAAAAAAGACAAUACUGUACAAGUGGCACUAACUGUAAAAUGAUGCCAAAUUAGAGCUACUGUUAGAUAAUACAUGAUGCUAUGUUAUUCCUAUAUACUGCAUAGUACCAGCACCAUGUUACACUUGUGUUUUUCUUUGUGUUGUAAAGUUAGGAAACCAAGCUUUUGCAGGUUGAUUUACUGUGUAUGUCCUUGUGACGUUAAAAGGGUGAAAUAAAAGCCAAGCAGAGUUGUUUUCCUCCCAUGAGCUGACAAUAUACUGCACCGAUUAAUCAUGUAAUAAUAGUUCAUUAUUGUACGUACAGUUGUGCUCAUAAGUUUACAUACCCUGGGAGAAUUUAUGAUUUCUUGGCCAUUCUUCAGAGAAUAUGAAUGAUAAUACAAAAACCUUUCUUGCACUCAUUAAAUAGAGAAGCUAUUUAUUGGCAAACAACUGUGUUUACUCUUUUUAAAUCAAAAAUGACAAAAGAAAGUACCCAAAUGACCCUGAUCAAAAGUUUACAUACCCCAGUGACUUUGAUCUGAUAACAUGCACAAAAGUUGACACAAACAGGUUUGAAUGGCUAAUCAAGGUUCCAAUCCUCACCGGUGACAUGUUUGUUUGUAAUUAAUGUGUGUGUAUAAAAGGUCAGUGAGUUUCUGGGCUUCUGACAGACCAUUGCAUCUUUCAUCCAGUGCUGCACAGAUGUUUCUGGAUUCUGAGUCAUGGGGAAGGCAAAAUAAUUGUCAAAGGAUCUGCGAGAAAAGGUAAUUGAACUGCAUAAAACAGGAAAGGGGUAUAAAAAGAUAUCCAAGGAAUUGAGAAUGCCAAUCAGCAGUGUACAAACGCUGAUUAAGAAGUGGAAAAUGAGGGAUUCAGGUAGACCAGCAAAGAUUUCAGCCACAGCUGCCAGGAAAUAUGUUUGAGAUGCAAACAAAAAUCCAAAAAUAACUUCAGCUGAAAUACAGGACUCUCUGAAAAAUUGUGGCGUGGCUGUUUCAAGAUGCACAAUAAGGAGGCACUUGAACAAAAAUGGGCUGCAUGGUCGAGUGGCCGAAAAGUUCACUUUUGGUCUCAUCACUCCAAAUUAUUUUGUUCCUGAAGUUUUGAGGGUUGUCUCUGUGCUGUCUGGCUUUCUUCUGGCGACUCGACCAUGCAGCCCAUUUUUCUUCAAGUGCCUCCUUAUUGGUAAACAAGGAGGUACUUUAUUUUGUCAUUUUGAUUUAAAAAGAGUAAACACAGUUGUUUGCCAAUAAAUAGCUUCACACAACCAUUAAGCAUGAGU